GUCGGGAGGGAGCCUAUCUUGCGCAGACUGGGUACUGUACAUGGCCAUUGAUGCUGCUGGAUAGAUGUAGCCCCUGAUGUAAAUAAGAAUGGCGAGGGCAGCGGGUUUAACAUGUCGCGUUAUCUCUGCUUGACAUCGGAACAUUUUUAUGCCACCAUCAUCGGGAUUUUAUUUUAAAAACACACGCGGGGUCCUUCUCUUUUUUUUUUGCCUCGUUUUCAUCUGAAUCUGCCUCUGACAGCUCGCCUGAUGGUUUUCAUUUGACACAAGAGCCAAAAGCAAACGGGCGGCUUCUUCUAAUAAACACUCGGGAAAAACAGGUCAUUAUGACCUUAGUAUCCUUCACUAAAAGAAAACCAUCGGAUUGCUUUUACGCGGCAGCUUUCUGCUUGCAUUUUUUGCUUUGGGUUUCGUGUGCCGUGUCCGGAGAGGAGGAUCAUCAGUUCAGCGUUGAGGGAUGGCUACAGAGGUAUGGCUACCUUCCCCGCACAGAACCGGGAAUGUCCGUCCUGCGCUCGGCCCAAACCAUGCACUCAGCCAUCGCUGCCAUGCAGCGCGUCUAUGGCCUCAAUGUCACAGGGACACUGGAUGAGAAAACCAAGGACUGGAUGCAAAAGCCUCGCUGUGGAGUUCCGGACAAAUUUAAAAGUGCUUCAAGGUCGCGGACGCGGAGGUACGCGCUGACGGGACAGAAGUGGCAGCGUGCGCACAUCACCUACAGCAUAAAAAAUGUCACGCCAAAGGUGGGCGCCCGGGAGACUCAUGAUGCCAUUCGGCGGGCGUUUGACGUCUGGCAGGGUGUGACCCCCUUACGCUUCGAGGCCGUUCCAUACAGCGCCCUGGAGACUGGCAGGCGUGACGUUGACAUCACCAUCAUCUUCGCUUCGGGUUUUCACGGUGACAGCUCACCCUUCGACGGGGAGGGGGGAUUCCUCGCCCACGCCUACUUCCCUGGACCAGGAAUUGGAGGGGAUACGCACUUUGACUCAGAUGAGCCCUGGACCUUGGGGAACCCCAACCAUGAUGGUAAUGACCUGUUCCUAGUUGCGGUUCACGAGCUGGGCCAUGCCCUCGGUCUGGAGCACUCCAAUGACCCCACCGCUAUCAUGGCUCCUUUCUAUCAGUACAUGGACACAGAGAACUUCAAACUACCUCACGAUGACCUACAGGGCAUCCAGAAAAUCUACGGUCCACCAGACCGAGCACCGCAGCCCACCAGGCCCCCACCCACGGUCCCUCCACCUCGCUUCCACCCUCCCUCGGACCCCCGCAAGCACGACCGCCACGCCAGACCCCACCGCCCCCCGCAGAGCGCCAAGCCCUCCAACCCCAACUCCAAACCCAACAUCUGUGAUGGAGGCUUCAACACCCUGGCCAUCCUCCGACAGGAGCUGUUUGUGUUCAAGGACCAAUGGUUCUGGAGGGUACGGGAUAACUCAGUAGUCCCUGGCUACCCCAUGCAGAUCAACUACUUCUGGAAAGGCUUACCCCCCAAAAUAGAUGCCGUCUAUGAAAAUAGUGAGGGGAAAUUCGUCUUUUUCAAAGGAAACCGUUUCUGGGUCUUCAAGGACACAACUCUCCAGCCUUCGUACCCUCAGGACAUCUCACUGUUCGGGAGCAGCAUGCCCACUCAGAGCAUCGAGACAGCUGUCUGGUGGGAGGAUGUCGCCAAAACCUACUUCUUCAAAGGAGACAGAUACUGGAGGUACAAUGAGGACAUGAGGACCAUGGACCCAGGUUAUCCCAAACCCAUCACCAUCUGGAAGGGCAUCCCUGACUCUCCACAGGGGGCUUUUGUGGAUAAAGCCAACGGCUUUACCUACUUUUACAAGGGCAAGGAGUACUGGAAGUUCAACAACCAGCUGCUUCGCGUGGAGCCCGGCUACCCGAGGUCCAUCCUGAGGGACUUCAUGGGUUGCGACGGCCACCCUGCGGAUCCGGACUGGGACUGGAGCCCCCCAGUGGCGGAGGAGAGGCACUAUGACAACGGCGAUGUGGACGUCGUCAUCAAACUGGACAGCGCGGGGGGCACGGAGAAAGCGGUUGCCAUCGCCAUCCCCUGCGUCCUGGCACUGUGCAUGAUGGUCCUCCUCUACACCGUUUUCCAGUUCAGGAGGAAGAGCACGCAACGCCACAUACUGUACUGCAAGCGCUCCAUGCAGGAGUGGGUCUGAGGGAUUGUCACUGCAAUGUAUAGAGAGGGAUGUGAAGCUCUGAUAAAGGUCUAGUUAUUGCCUGAGGCCCUAAGUACAGUAAUUGGAAGCACUGUAAGGGGUACAGUACAUGAGGAUUGCCAUGUUGGCAGAUUUUAAAACUGCUUGAACUCAUAACGUGCAAGCUGCAAGGAAGCAAAACGAUCAGCAGAACUCAACUGAAGACGGUGAGGGAGCCACAUCUCCUAUGUCCAGCUAAUAUGUAUGUAUCUGCUUUGACUUUUUUCUGUAUCUUGGAAUGAACUCAAUUAAGCGAGACAGAGUUAAGCUUCUGUAAGUGGGACCUUUGUCUAUCCUCGUCUCUGCACGCCGCUUAAAAAGCCCCUAGCACUAACUUCAGUGGACAAAUUAGAUAUAGGCUUCUACUUUACUUUCAUUUCUUAAUUAAAUCGCCCUGAGCUGUGCUUUUUCUUCCCCUCUUUCUCUUUCUUUUUUUAUUUUUAUUUAGGGUCCCUGUAAAAGAUUAUUCAUUGUGUGGAGGACUGAUACACAAACCAAAUAUGACCUUUUCUUCCAAAGAGGAUUACUGCUUGAUGUUGUUUUUGAUGGGAUAUUUUUCCUCCAUGGAUCGAACAUUGUGGCAUCAUACACAGAUUUUCUUUUGCCAUUUUUCUAUUCAUAUCCACCCGUCUGCUCUGUAAUCUGUGGGGAUAGGAAGCGGCCGUUAGUAAGAGCUAAGAACUGAAGACUGUUGUGGCGGUCUAUCUCCAAAACAGGGGCCAAAAACCUCUCUGCAAUAUUUAUGAGACUGCCUUAAUCACAGAUUACUUCCUUCUCUUUCUCCCUCUUUCUGUCUGGUGCUGAGUGACACAGUAGGAACACAAACAGCGUAUGAAGGCAUCGAUUAGUGCACAUAAUCCAACUUUAAAAUCAGUAGUUAAGGACAGUCUGAUCCACAAUGGGUCCAUUGCUCUUGAAAAUGUGCUAAGCUGUGCUAAAUACCUUAUGGCAAGUAAUGCUAUCAGCAUUCAUUUACUGCCUCACCGGAGGGUAAGAGAGAGACAGCGAAGGUAGGUUAGUGUGUGUGUAAAAAGAGAGAAUAAUUACCCACUAUAUAUGUACUGUACUGUAGUGUCAGUUAUUGAACAGCUAACACCCUGCUUCCCUUAUUUUCCUGCCAAGUUUGGACCCCAAUACUCCAAACAAGUGUCUGUCCAUAGAUUUUAAACAGCUUUACUAAUCCAUAUUCUGUUUUUUUCCCCCUAACUUUUGUACAAGGUUUGUAAGUUUACAUAAUUUUCCACAUAGCACAGGACACAGAGAAGGAGAGAGGAGAAAGGAGGGAAAAAGAAAGUACAUGUACACAUUUUUAGAAAUGAGACACAUUUCGUGAAGGAAAAUCACCUCUGCAUCUCUAGUUAAAAGCAGCUGAUGCUUUUGCUCAGUUGCUCCAUCUUUUCCCCCGAGUUGCUGCAAAUAGUUUUUGAGGAAAUGCAAGGUGAAACCGUCAUUGUAAAAUAAAUGAAUAAAUAAAUAAAACAUGUCUAAACAAGAGGAGGAAUUAAUCAGAAACAAAGAAACUGUCAGAAAAGAAGAAGUUGAAAUGGUUUUGCUGGUGUAUUCAAUAAUGGAACCAGGUUAUUUUAUGCACUGUAAUUCUAACUAACCACCGUACUAAAAACUACACUUAUGUUACAUUAAUGAAUUACUAAUAAAUGUUUAUAGAACUACUCUAACACUGCUGGUAUUUACAGGCAUUAUCAGAAAACCAAAACCAGCUAAAUGAAGUCAAAUAUUUCACAUAUAUUUCACAGUCUAUGAUGUUACAUAUAUAUAACAUCAUACAUACUGCAUAUAAGUUUCAAAACACUUUAAUCAGGUAAGUAUGAGAAACAAAAAGAUGAAGAUCUGACGUGAGAUGGAGCUGAACUGAGCAGAGGCUUUUUCUCUCCCUGUGUAUUGUAUUAUAAAUGCAACGCACAGCCCGGAUCCUAAUGAAAUAUAUUGUCUCGCAAAUUGCCUUUGGUCGCCUGCCAUACGCGUAACAGUGUGGGUGUGUGGCGUAGAGUUGUCUGUGAGCACUCCUGAUGUGAUUUGUUUUAUAUUUGUGUUGUCUUUUACUUGAAAUGGUCAUCAACAUCAACUUGUACGAGGAUAUCUGAGAUAAUCUUCUGUUGAUAUCAAGUCAGUGUCAUUUUAUAACAUAUCAGAGAAGAUUUUAAAAAUGAAAAAAAAAAAAGGGUAAAUGAGUUGAACCAGGAAUAGAUGUUUUCUCUCAUCAUUAUUCGUUGGGUAUAAAAACCUAAAAAGUAAAUAAGGGCAAUGCAUGCCGUUGUUAAACUAAGAUAUCAUUCUUUCAUAGCUGUUGACCAUGGAUCAUUUGGACACUGUUGCACUAUUCAGUUUUCCCCUUUAUAUGGUCGAAUAAAGUGACGGAUCAGCAUUGCAGGUUUCUGCUGGAUGCACUCACAGAUUCCAACCUGUCAUCUUUUCUAAACCAUGUGAAAUUACUAGCUUCCAGUCUGUCCUCCCUGUCUCAAUCUUCAGGAGAAAUUUCACAAACGAAGAAAGAUAAUGUAAGGAAAGCAGCCUCUUUUCUUUCUGUAAGCAGAGCUGAAUAGUCGUGCACAUCAGUCCACAUUGAUCCAUGACCACUGCAAUUUUAAGGUUGAAACAAAAACCUUUGGCUCAGUGUUGUGCGUGACGUCUUAUCAGUUUGUGUGUUUGUGGCGAGGUUUCUGGCGAGCGUGAGUUAAAGACGGCCAGUGAGGCGAGUCGGUACUGUAUUUAUUGCCGUAUUUAUUCCUCUGUGCUUGGCACUACAAGUGUUGCAUUGCAUUGUACUGAGGGCAAGGAGCUGUCAAUAAAAUGGGUUUGAAAUGCAAUGAUUUUUUUUUUUUCCCUCACUGCUACCAAGUAAUUCUCCUCCUUCUGUUACUGCCUCAACAACAAACAAUUCAUCUGGUGUGAAUUUUUUUUCCAUCACUGGGAGGAAAAUCAUAAACUUUAAAAGGUUACACAUUUACAUUGGUCUUUUUGAUACUUAAAUCACUUGAAAUAUCUGGCAUUUUACAUGCAGACUUGAGUGUAAGCGGGAAGUCUUAAUGCUCUGACCUGUCCCUGUUUAUCUCCAGACUCUUCAGUGCUUUUUUUUUUUUUUUUGCCUUGAUACAUGCUGCUAAGCAUUAGGGCUAAUUUGGAGUGUCGUUAAAGGAAGUAGAUGGGCCUGAUUAGACAGCAGUCGAUACACCAGAGAGGUAAAGGUGCAGAAGAACAAGGAGCAUUUUGCAAUCACUGCAUCUUAUACACGGAUACGUGCAGUAGAAACUUCUAGGGCAUGGUGGACGAGAAGUAAAUGUAACAUGUACAUAAGCACAAAGUGUAUACUGUCUGCUUGGGAGAAUUUUGUUUUUAAUCCAUCCGUCUCAUGGAUAAAGAAAAUGCUGUGUGUUGUAAAUAAAACAAGUGCAUAAU